AUGUGGCAGCGGCUGAACGCAGAGCUCCCUCCUGUCAAACAUGGUCUGCAUCAAACACAGCAGCAGCUCACAGCGCCUCCUGCAGCAGACGGAGGAGGAGCAGGGGGAGGAGGAGGGGGUGAGGAGAAGGAGGAGGAGGGGUUCGUCUGCUGCAGUUCGUCCGCUGCAGUUUGUCCGCUGCAGUUUGUCCGCUGCAGUUCGUCUGCUGCAGUUCGUCUGCUGCAGUUCGUCUGCUGCAGUUCGUCUGCUGCAGUUCGUCUGCUGCAGUUCAUCUGCUGCAGUUCGUCUGCUGCAGUUCGUCUGCUGCAGUUCGUCUGCUGCAGUUCAUCUGCUGCAGUUCAUCUGCUGCAGUUCGUCUGCUGCAGUUCGUCUGCUGCAGUUCGUCUGCUGCAGUUCAUCUGCUGCAGUUCAUCUGCUGCAGUUCGUCUGCUGCAGUUCGUCCGCUACAGUUCGUCUGCUGCAGUUCGUCUGCUGCAGUUUGUCCGCUGCAGUUCGUCUGCUGCAGUUCGUCUGCUGCAGUUUGUCCGCUACAGUUCGUCUGCUGCAGUUCGUCCGCUGCAGUUUGUCCGCUGCAGUUCGUCUGCUGCAGUUCGUCCGCUACAGUUCGUCUGCUGCAGUUCGUCUGCUGCAGUUUGUCCGCUGCAGUUCGUCCGCUGCAGUUCGUCCGCUGCAGUUCGUCUGCUGCAGUUCGUCUGCUGCAGUUCGUCUGCUGCAGUUCAUCUGCUGCAGUUCGUCUGCUGCAGUUCGUCCGCUACAGUUCGUCUGCUACAGUUCGUCUGCUGCAGUUCGUCCGCUGCAGUUCGUCGCAUGGCGAACGUCGCUGCAGUGAAUGAUCCAAACACAGACUUACAGCAGACUGUGCUCAGUGCUGCCCUCUACAGUCCGCUCUGA